AUGCAUUUCUCACCCUCCAAAAUCGUUGUCAACAAAAGAGCAGCAGAACAGCAAUGCUUAUCCCUCCUCCAAACCUGCACUACCCUCCUUAAUCUCAACCAAAUUCACGCACAAAUUCUCAAAUUGGGUCUCCAUGACAACCCACUGGUACUCACAAAGUUCACUUCGACAUCAUCCGAUCUCAAUGCCAUUGACUACGCUUCAUUCAUCUUAUUCGCCCCGGAUGCCAAAACCCAUCUCUAUGACACUUUUCUUUACAACACCGUCAUCAGAGCUUACGCGCAAACCAAUCAGUCCAGGAUUACUGCUGUUGAUGUUUACAAAACCAUGGCUUGGAAUGAUGUUAUGCCUAAUAAAUUCACAUACCCAUUUGUCCUUAAGGCCUGUGCUGGUGUUGGGAGGCUGCGUUUAGGGGAGUCGUUUCAUGGUAGUGUUGUGAAGUUUGGGUUUGAGAAUGAUAUACAUGUGUUGAAUACCAUGGUUCACAUGUAUUGUUGUUGUGGUGCGAUCGAGAAUGCACGUGUUGUGUUUGAUGAAAUGCCUAAGUGGGAUUCUGUAUCUUGGAGUGCAAUGAUUGGUGGGUAUGCUAGGAUCGGAAUGUCAACUAGUGCUGUUGAGUUGUUUAGAGACAUGCAGAUUGCUAGGGUUAAACCAGAUGAGAUUACUAUGGUUUCGGUACUGUCUGCUUGUAGUGAUUUAGGUGCUUUAGAGCUUGGGAAGUGGGUCGAAAAUUACAUCGAAAGAGAAAAAAUUCCAAAAAGCAUGGAGCUUUGUAAUGCCCUCAUUGAUAUGUUUGCAAAAUGUGGGGAUGUGGAUAAGGCUUUGAGGUUGUUUAGAAGUUUGGAUGGGAAAACCAUUGUUUCUUGGACUUCUGUGAUUGUUGGUAUGGCAAUGCACGGCCGUGGUUUGGAGGCUGCUUCGUUGUUUGAGAAGAUGAAAGAUGAUGGGGUGGCACCAGAUGAUGUUACGUUUAUUGGAUUACUUUCGGCUUGCAGUCAUUCAGGGUUAGUCGAUGAAGGUCGCAGAUACUUUGAUUCCAUGACUCAAGAAUUUCAUAUAACACCUAAGAUUGAGCAUUAUGGUUGCAUGGUUGAUCUAUUCAGCAGGGCUGGACAUGUGAAAGAGGCACUAGAGUUUGUCAAGAAAAUGCCCAUUGAGCCAAAUCCAAUAAUCUGGAGGACAUUAACCGCUGCUUGUCGACUCCAUGGUGAGCUUAAUCUUGGCGAAAGCAUCACAAAACAGUUGAUUGAAAAUGAGCCGUUGCAUGAAUCUAAUUACGUCUUACUUUCCAACAUUUAUGGGAAAAUGUCCCAUUGGGAAAAGAAAAACACGAUUAGAGAGGUGAUGGGCGAGAAGGGGAUGAGAAAGAUCCCAGGGAGUACCAUGAUUGAACUCGACAACAAAAUCUACGAAUUUGUUGCAGGUGAUAGAACGCAUGAUCUAUACAAAGAGAUCCAUGAGAUGAUUGAUGAGAUGGGAAGAAAGAUUAAGAUGGCCGGAUACGUUCCUACUACAUCAGAAGUGUUACUUGAUAUUGGUCAAGAGGACAAGGAAGAUGCUCUGAAUAGACAUAGUGAAAAACUUGCCAUUGCCUUUGCCCUUUUAAAGACACCACCUGGGACUCCCAUCAGGAUUGUGAAAAACUUACGGGUUUGUGGUGAUUGUCAUUCUGCAACAAAGUUCAUCUCCAAAAUCUAUAGUCGAGAGAUAUUAGUAAGGGAUAGAAACAGAUUUCAUCACUUCAAAGAUGGGGUAUGCUCAUGCAAAGACUUCUGGUGAAAGUUGAUGUAAUUCAGCAAGGUACAAACCAGCAGCUGGAGAAGGAGAAAUCUGAAAAGGAUUAAUUUGUAAAAGAUUUGUUUCAAAC